AUGGCCAUUAUCAAUCGUGUGCAUGCCACCUUGUUGGUUGUCCUCGUAGUAUUAUGCCAGAUCAUUGCUGCACAAUCUGAGAAGACACCUAUCGGAGACCUCUCAUCUGCAGAGAUCGAAGAACAAAUCCAGCAAUGUCCUCUGGUUCAGACUCUCAAUGCCCACAAGGCUUCAACGGCACAUGAAGCUGCUACAGGCUUCGCAGCUAGAGCAUUCGCCGUAUUGUUCCCAGGAUCACCCGCCGUCAACACCCUUCUGAGCGUUCUUUACAUCUCGGGACCUCCCAACUUCUUGCUGGCUCUGUGCCCUUCAGACAUUGACCCGGCAUCUUUGAACACCAUGGUUGCCUUUGCUUUUGGCGGACUCAUGGGCGACACUCUCUUCCAUCUUCUGCCCGAGAUCUUCGUUGGUGAAGACAGCCCGGAACAUGUAACUCUGGUGGUUGCCGACGGCAACAAGAACAUUCUGCUCGGUAUUGCCAUCAUGGUUGGCUUUGUCAGUUUCGUCAUUCUUGACAAGGCUAUCCGUAUUGCUUCUGGAGGCGAUGAGGGUCAUGGCCACUCUCACGGGCAUUCUCAUGGUAAAAUUGAAGGAGGUGACAAGGCGACUGCUUCUGCCAAAGCAUCUGGCUCUGACAGUGGAGCACAAACCGAUGGUCUGCGUCAACGUAACAACGAGAAGGCAGGCACCAAGAGUGUUGUGCCUGUAGAGAAGCAAGAGGCCGGACCAAGCUCCAACAGAGGUUACCUAAACAUCAUUGCCGAUUUCACUCACAACAUUACCGAUGGUCUUGCCAUGGCAUCUUCGUUCUAUGCUUCUCCUACCGUCGGAGCACUGACAACCACUGCCGUCUUUUUCCACGAGGUCGGCGACUUUGCCCUCCUCAUCCAAUCCGGCUUCUCCAAGCGCGCAGCCAUCGGUGCCCAAUUCCUGACCGCAGCAGGCGCCCUCACAGGCGCACUCAUGGGCAUCGCAGUCCAAGAAUACGGCGGCAACAGCGCUGAUGCCAUUUCCACUCCCGGACUCUUUGGCACCAGUCUCCACUGGGGCGAUCUCUUGUUGCCCUGGACUGCAGGCACUUUCAUGUUUGUGGGCAUGAGUGUUGUUCCCGAGCUCAUGGAGACCGGACCCAACAAGGUCGCCGAGAUUAAGAAGAUUGUUACUCAGCUCGUGGCUGUUGCUGCUGGUGCUGGUAUCAUGAUCGCGUAA